AGGUUAGAAAACGUUUGACACUGACAGCAAACGUGCCGAAAUUUUUCAAUUUUUCACAGUUUUUAACAUAUUUUUCAUUUUAUUUAAUUUAAUUAAUAUAAAAUUUCAACAUACUCUCUGGUACAGGGAUAGUUUUAACCGAGACUAAUAAUGGUCACUGUUGAGAGAAAAGGUACCUUUAAGGUAGAAUAUCUUCAAAAAAUUGAAUCGGAGGCUCAAGAACGCUGGAAGAAUGAGAAAAUAUUCGAAAUAGACGCUCCAGCAAAUCCAAAAAAGUCGGAUGAUGAUAAAUUUUUAUGUACGUUUCCUUAUCCAUAUAUGAAUGGACAAUUACAUCUAGGGCACACAUUUUCUUUAUCAAAAUGUGAAUUUGCCGCGAGAUAUAAUCGCUUGAAAGGUAAGAAAGUUCUGUUUCCUUUUGGGUUUCAUUGUACAGGCAUGCCGAUAAAAGCAUGUGCUGAUAAGUUAAAAAGAGAAAUAGAGGUAUUUGGCUUUCCUCCUCAGUUUCCUGUAGAUGAAGAAGUAAUUGAAACAAAGGAAGAGAAUGAUGGAAUACCAAAAGAUAAAAGUAAAGGGAAAAAGAGUAAAGCAACUGCUAAAGCAGGCUCAGCUAAAUACCAAUGGCAAAUCAUGGAAAGUCUGGGUUUAGGGAACGAAGAAAUAAAAAAGUUUGCUGACACAGAUUAUUGGCUGGAAUAUUUUCCACCUCUUGCUGUCGAGGAUUUAACUGCUCUAGGCCUCCAUGUCGAUUGGCGAAGAACUUUUAUUACAACUGAUGUAAAUCCUUUUUAUGAUUCGUUUGUAAGGUGGCAGUUUUUAAGAUUAAAGGAAAGAAAUAAAAUUAAGUUUGGAAAGAGAUAUACGGUUUAUUCUGCGAAAGACGGGCAGCCUUGUAUGGACCAUGACAGGUCAUCUGGUGAAGGAGUGGGACCGCAGGAAUAUACUUUGAUCAAAAUGAAAUUGUUGGAUCCCUUACCUGAGAAGCUUAAAAAGUUUUCUAGUAAACCAAUUUAUCUAGUUGCCGCAACUUUACGACCUGAAACAAUGUACGGUCAAACCAAUUGUUGGAUAAGACCCGACUUGAAAUACAUAGCGUUUGAAACAAAAUCGGGAGAAAUAUUUGUCUCUACUGAUAGAGCAGCCAAAAACAUGUGUUUUCAGGGAUUCACAAAAGUCGAGGGCAAAUUUGAUGUGGUUGCCGAACUUUUGGGAGAGGAUCUUUUAGGCCGUGCUUUGAAAGCACCCAUGACUUGUUACGACAAAAUAUAUUGCUUACCGAUGCUUACGAUUAAGGAAAAUAAAGGAACAGGUGUAGUUACUAGCGUACCUUCAGAUUCACCUGACGACUAUGCCGCUUUAGUUGACUUAAAGAAGAAACAGCCGUUCAGAGAAAAGUAUGGUAUUAAAGAUGAAAUGGUAUUGCCAUUUGAGCCGGUACCUAUACUGGAAAUACCUGGGUUUGGAAAUUUGUCAGCUGUCACUAUAUACGAGAAACUAAAAAUUCAAAGUCAAAAUGAUAAAGAUAAGCUGGCUGAAGCUAAGGAAAUUUUGUACCUUAAAGGUUUCUACGAUGGGGUGAUGUUGGUUGGUGAUUACAAAGGUAAAAAAAUCCAGGAUGUGAAAAAAUCACUUCAAAAGCACCUCGCUGAUAAAAAUGAAGCUGUCAUUUAUUAUGAACCUGAAAAAACGGUUAUGUCUCGAUCUGGAGAUGAAUGUGUGGUAGCUCUGUGUGACCAAUGGUAUUUGGAUUAUGGUGAGACGGAAUGGAAAAAGCAAGCUCAUAAAUCUUUAGAGAAGAUAAACACGUUUCACGAAGAGGUUAGAAAAAAUUUCUUAGGUUGUCUGGACUGGUUGCACGAGUAUGCCUGUUCUAGGACUUACGGUCUAGGAACCAAGUUACCAUGGGAUCCUAAAUGGCUAAUUGAAUCCCUUUCAGAUUCAACUAUUUACAAUGCUUAUUACACAGUUGCUCAUCUCUUACAAGGUAAUUCAUUCAAAGGCGAUAAACCGAAUGCUUUAGGAAUUAAAGCUGAACAAUUAACACCAGAAGUGUGGGACUAUGUGUUUUUUAUAAACGCCAAAUACCCAGCCAAAUGCGGUAUUAAAAAAGAAUCGUUGGAUAUAAUGCGUCGAGAAUUUCAGUUUUGGUAUCCAGUAAACGUGCGUUGUUCUGGCAAAGAUUUGAUCCAAAACCACUUAACUUACUACAUCUACAACCAUUGCGCCAUUUGGUCUGAUGAUGAAUCUAAGUGGCCGACAGGCAUAAGAGCCAACGGCCAUUUGUUGUUAAAUUCCGCCAAAAUGAGUAAGAGUGAUGGUAAUUUCCUGACUCUCAGAACUGCUGUUGAGAAAUUCAGCGCCGAUGGAAUGAGGUUUUGCUUGGCGGAUGCAGGAGAUUCUGUUGAAGAUGCCAAUUUUGUAGAAGCCACAGCUGAUGCAGGAAUUUUAAGAUUAUACACUUUCAUCGAAUGGGUAAAGGAAAUAUUAAAAUCCACAGACUCUUUAAGGUCUACCAAAGCAAGAACUUUCAAUGACAGUGUGUUUGAGAGUGAAAUAAACUUAAAAAUAAAAGAAUCUGACGAUUUCUAUAAUAAAAUGCUGUUUAAGGAAGCGCUAAGAACUGGAUUUUUCGAGCUUCAAGCUGCUAGGGAUAAAUAUAGGGAACUGUCGCUUUUAGAUGGGAUGCAUGUGGAUUUGAUAAUGAGAUUUAUAGAAGUUCAAGCUCUACUCUUAUCACCUAUCUGUCCUCAUGUCGCUGAAAAAGUAUGGGAAUUACUAGGAAAUAAAACCAGUAUAGUGAAAGCUUCAUGGCCCAAACUCGGUAACAUUAACGAAGUUGAAAUAAAAGCUUCAGAAUACUUGAUGGAAACAGCUCAUUCGUUUAGAGUGCAUCUCAAAAAUUAUUUACAAGGUAUAAAAACUAAACAGAAUCCAAAUCCUCCACCAGUUGAAAAACCAAACAUUGUAACAAUAUGGGUGGCUAAGUCUUUUCCUUCGUGGCAAAGUUGUAUUUUGACAGUAUUAAAGGAUCAUUUCCUGAAAGAUGGCUACUUACCUGAUAACAAAGUAUUAUCAGCCGAGUUUGCUAAAAAAGAGGAACUGAAAAAAUAUAUGAAGAGAGUGAUGCCUUUCGUCCAAGCUACCAGAGAAAAAGUUAAUCAACUUGGUCUAAAAGCUUUAGCUUUGACUUUGGAGUUCGACGAAGCCGAAAUUUUAAGAAACAACAGCACGUAUUUGGCUAACACUCUUGAUGUUGAAGAAGUUGUCAUUAAAUUUACAGACGAUCCAGAGGCGACGGAAAAAAUGAAGGAAUGUUGUCCGGGUGGUCCGUUUGUUGUUUUUUCGAACAAACCAGGAGUUAAAUUGGAGUUUGUUAACCCUACGCAAGGGAAUGGUUUAUUUUCAAAGUAUAUUAUCAUUAAUAAUAAUGAUAGUUAUAAAAAGGUUGUUGAAAAGCUGGCUAAACAUUUUAAGCAAAUUAAAAAGCCUGAAUUGGUUGAUUUGUAUCGUUUUGAUGACCCUGUCUUAGGAUUAGUUACAAUGCCAUCAUUUGAUGAACCUCUCAAAGGGAAAAGCCUCAUUCCACAAAACGCUACAUUUGACGUGAACGUUGAAAAUUCCUUAAUAAAUGUAGUCUACGAUAAGAAAGUUAUUGAUAUUGGGAAACAAGUGACUUAUUUGCUAAGAGAAAGUUGAUUAGAAAAUAUAUUUAUUUAAUUUAUUAUUGGGUUACACUUUAAAUAAAACUGUUUUCUAAUGUAG